UAGUAUUGAGCACGAUUCUGAUUACACUGUAUUGAGGCUGCAAGCACGCAGCAUGCAGACACUUGUACUUAAUUUUUUUUUUAAAUGAGGACUGUAGUGUUUUUGGUUACGUGUAUUGCUAUUACAUGUUUUAUUAUUAUAUUAUAAAGUAAUAUAGGCUACAAACUAUAGGCUACAAACCUUUAGGGGAGUUAUAAAACAAACUGUCCAGUUCCAGGACUGUUUGUGAUAAAUAUAAAUAUCUGCCUCCUUUUCAUACUAGUACCAUUGUGGUAUUGCAUUGUUCAGAAUUCCUCCCCUGGUCAUUUCCUCUCCUGGGCUGGCUCUUUCCACCAAUAGGCUAUUGCUGCAGAUGGCUUUAAAAAGAACAAAGACAAAUGACUGUCUUCGGGAGAAGGUCAGCAGGACAUUGCUACCCACAGAGUAACAGAUACACAGACCAGACAGCCACAACCAAGAGCCAAUUGCAUUCUAAAGCCAUGCAGCUGUCUGGCACACCUCAACUGAAAACUGUACACAUUCCCAAGUCAAUGAGGGCUGCCCCCUUUCUGCAGCACCCGGACUUGACUACAGGACAGAAGAGGUAUCUGUGCAGCAUUGCCAAUGUCUACAGCACAGAACACAUGCGUACACAGAUAAGGAGACAGUAUCUGAACAUGCUGCAGCCCUGCAUGCAAACAGGGUCCAUCAUGUCAUGUGAAAAUCCGAACCCCAGUGCCAAAGUGCUGCUCAACCAGCAGACCCUGUCCCAAAUGGGCAAGAGGACUGAACCUCUCCGAAAUAACAAGCCCACACCAGGGAGGCACAGACAAACCCACACUGGGAACAUUAUUCUCCCCAGGAUAAUAGAUGGAGGACACAGAGUGCAGUCCAGUGUGCCAGCCUCCAACCAGAGAAGAACCAGUAAAGCAAAGACGAAGACAGGGACGCAAAGGAAGUGUCUGAAAGAUACCAAGGUUAAACUUGACCGUGUAAGAAAGGAACAAAAGCAUGGAGAGGAGUCGUUGAUGCAAACCAUAAGCUCCUUAUCUAUUGAAGAGGAGCAGGGAAAAUCUGGCAGCCUGUCAGCGGAAUCCUACAAUUACAAAUCAACAUAGCCACACUAACAAAGCUCAUUACAGGAGGCGAUCAUUUCAUUGUGAGUGCACGGCACUACUGAUGUCUGUUAUUUAUAUUUUUUUGUAUUCAUCCGCUUGGUGAAAGUAGUUCCUUAAAAGUUCCUUCGUUCUCCUAAAUGGCGAGUAGUGAUAUUACUUCAGCUUUCAUGUCGAUGAUAGACCCCUAUCAGAUUGUUAAAUAGCUUAGAAAACAAUAAUAUAGCUCCCCAGAACGUACUGGAUCCACUGCCAGUGACCUGUUUUACUUAGUGGUUCUGUGCAUUGUCCUCAAGUGCAUUUGGGGCAUUAAGUGGUUUCUUCCACUCUGAUCCCACUUAGCAAGCUGCAGCCCCAAGGGAAGAGGCAGCCAUCACAUGCAAAGCAUCCAGUAUUUCAUUACUUAAAUGGGUUUGCUUUCGAAUGAUUAAUAGAUGAUAGAACGAUCAUGGGUUAGUUUUCAGACUGCACAUCAGGAUCUUAAAGCUGCUCUAUCCAGUUAAUUAAACUUGGGUUACUAUUAAGGUGGCGUGAUUGACCUUUCUCCUGUAAAAAUGCUAGGUGUGCUCCAGAAUGGAAGAGGGGAGACAUGCAUAUUGGCAACAAGGACUACAAAAAGUAUAUGUAAAAUGAAAAAACAAGCAGCCGGUUCUAAUUAGCUUAAAAUACAUUGUGUGUCUGAAUUGUCAAUACAAGAAUCUGUUGAAUUCAAUAAAAUCCACAGCAAAAAUAAAUCUCAGAUGUGGGAUUUUUUUUUUUAGCACUACCUGCCCAUACAACAUUCUUCCAUAUUUCCCAGUGUGCUGUGCAAGUGAGAUUGGGAGAUAACAAGGUAGUGUUGUACUUGCAAUUGCCAGUACUUCCCAAACACAGUUAAACCACAGCUUUCUAAAUGAAAAACAACAAAACAAAUCAAACA